GUGUGUAUACCCUUGUGAAGGAAAUUCUGAGAGAGAAGAGGAGAAGAGGGGAAUGCAGGGGAGGGGAGAUAGGACUGGAGAAGAAAUAUAGAACAAGGACUCCUCCCACCCCCAGGGAAGAGCAGAGAGAGGGAGAGUCCUGGAGAAGGAAUCUCAUCCUAAACCCUAUGGAAUAAGUGUUUUGAUUGCCUUUUAGUAAGGCAGAGCACAGUGACUGAAGGUGUUUCUGACGACAAAGCUGUGUUCUUUUGCUACACACUAAUGGGUCAGAGGAGACCAAGCAGGCAGGGGGUAGGGUGGAGGAGGACAUCUUAGAGGGGAACUGGUGAAAGGGGUCUUGAAGAAGGGGUGACUACAGAGAUGUGGGGAAACAGGUAGGGGAAGCAAGGUGAAGAUAGGACCAGGGCUUGGAAGUGGGAAGAGGUGGUUUGGGGUUGGGUGCUAAACUUAGACCAGCAUGGAGUCCUGGAAAGUACAUGGGCUUGGAAUCAGACUAACUCAGAUUCAAAUCCCUGUUCUGCUGUGUGACUCUGGACAAAAGACUUACCCUUUCUGUGCCAUGGUUUGUAAAAUAUAGGGAUAAUAAUUGCUACUGGUCAGGGCUGCAUAAAUGACAGGCAAAUGGUGGGUUUCCCUCCCUGCCUCCCUCCACCCCAGGGCCCAGGUAGGGACCAUGUCCCCUGCCAUCGCUCUGGCCUUCCUGCCACUCGUGGUGACAUUGCUUGUACGGUACCGGCACUACUUCCGACUGCUGGUGCACACAGUCUUGCUGCGGAGCCUGCGAGACUGCCUCUCAGGGCUGUGGAUUGAGGAGCGGGCCUUCAGCUAUGUGCUCACCCAUGCCCUGCCUGGGGACCCCGGUCACAUCCUCACCACCCUGGACCACUGGAGCAGCCACUGCGAGUACCUGAGCCACAUGGGGCCUGCCAAAGGUCAGAUCCUGACGCGGCUGAUGGGAGAGAAGGCCCCUGCUUGUGUGCUGGAGUUGGGCACCUACUGCGGGUACUCCACACUGCUUAUUGCCUGUGCUCUGCCUCCUGGGGGUCGCCUUCUCACUGUGGAGCGGGACCCACGCACAGCAGCAGUGGCUGAAAAACUCAUCCGCCUCGCUGGCUUCGACGAGCGCAUGGUAGAGCUCAUCGUGGGUAGCUCAGAGGAGGUGAUCCCGCGCCUACGAACCCAGUACCAGCUGAGUCGGGCAGAUUUGGUGCUCCUGGCACACCGGCCCCGACGUUACCUGCGGGACCUGCAGCUGCUGGAGGCCCACACCCUGCUGCCAGCUGGUGCCACUGUGUUGGCUGACCACGUGCUCUUCCCUGGUGCACCCCGAUUCCUGCAGUAUGCCAAGAGCUGUGGCCGCUACCGCUGCCGCCUCCACCACACUGGCCUCCCAGACUUCCCUGCCAUCAAGGAUGGCAUAGCCCAGCUCACCUAUGCAGGGCCUGGCUGAGGUCUACGUCCAGGGGUACUUACUGCUGCCUCCACACCCCCACCCAAGCAAGGACUUCAGAACAUCCCCUCCCCUCCCUGCUUGAGGCCUGACACAUGCUGGGCUCAGGGCUGGGGAGGCUCUCCUCCCACCUCUGCCCCAUUCCAGCUCCACACUGACCUGAGGCAUCAAGUUCUGUCAGGCUGCUUGGUCCCACUGGUCCCUCUCCUUCUAGAGAGAGCCAUGGACUGACAGGCAAGAGGCCUGAGCUCCCAACCCAGCUCUGUCACUGAUUUGCUGGAUGACACCAGGAGAGUCCCUGCCUUGUUCUGAGAUUUAAUUUGCUCUCUUAACACCAAGGAAGCUAGCUGGGAGUGCUCCGGGGGCCUCCCAGCUCUGGGCCUCAGAAAGCCUGCCCUCCCCAGCCCGUGCGAUUCUGUGUGGGAUCAGAGGAAACAGUAAACACUGAGUUAGAGGCCUUGCAGGAAUGGCUGGGUGCAAGCUGGGACAGAGGAAAUGGCAAUGGACCCU